AUGUCCGAUCAGAAAAUGGAAUAUACACGACUUGGAAAGUCGGGAUUGAAGAUUUCCAAGAUCGUCUUGGGAACCAUGGGCUUCGGUAGCAAACAGUGGCAAGACUGGGUUCUCGAUGAGGAAGAGUCCCUGAAAGUGAUCGAGUACGCAUACAAGCAGGGCAUCAACACCUGGGAUACGGCGGAUAUCUACUCCCACGGUCGAUCCGAGGAGGUUGUGGGCAAGGCAUUGAAAAAGCUCGAGAUCCCCCGUGACCGUGUGGUGAUCAUGACCAAAUGCUUUUUCGGCGUUGACGACCAGGGUAAAUUCCCACCCAUCAUGGCGUCCGCGAGAAAUGAAGGCGAGUUUGUCAACCGCGUGGGUCUUUCUCGAAAGCACAUCUUCGAUGCCGUGGAUGCUAGCGUCAAGCGUCUGGGUACCUACAUCGAUGUGCUGCAAAUCCACCGUCUCGACCGUGAGACCCCUCGCGAAGAGAUCAUGAAGGCCCUGAAUGAUGUGGUUGAGAGCGGCAAGGUCCGAUACAUUGGUGCCAGUUCUAUGGCAGCUUGGGAGUUCCAAACCUUGCAGAACAUUGCCGCUCGUCAUGGCUGGCACCAGUUCAUUAGCAUGCAGAACUACCACAACCUGAUUGCCCGUGAGGAAGAGCGGGAGAUGAUUCCGUAUUGUCUUGACACUGGCGUCGGGCUGAUUCCUUGGUCCCCUAUCGCUCGCGGUGUGCUUGCCCGUCCUUGGGGGUCCCGUUCCACCGUGCGUGAGAACUCCGACGGGGCUCUGAAGGCCUUGGUUCGCAGCCGUGAAACCGAGGCCGACAAGGCCAUCGUGGACCGAGUCGAGGAGCUGGCCGGCAAGAAAGGUGUGACUAUGGCUCAGAUUGCUUUGGCAUGGUCACUGAGUCACCCGAACGAGUGCCCCAUCGUUGGUCUUCACAGUGCUGAGCGUAUCGAUGAGGCCGUUGCCAGUCUCAAGGUCCAGUUAUCUCCUGAGGAGAUCAAAUAUCUGGAGGAGCCGUACAUUCCCAAGUCAAUCGCUGCUUUGGAGCGGUAA